AUUUCAUUCCGAUCAUCCACCUUUCGCCCCACUUGUGGUUGCUACGUAGCCUUUCGCCGAUCCAUCUGAUCACGACCGCCGACAAGCUACAUGAUCAAUCUAGGUGCGCCAGGACAUUGAUGUUUACGCUUCCUCUGAAAAUGAAUUUGUGGCGAUUUUUUGUUAUCAAUUUUACUAGAUCAUCGACCCCUAAGAAUUUUCGCUUCCGUUUAUUUGCCACGAAUUAUUCAUCUUAGACGCGUUCGAGCGACCCAGUGCUUUUCUUGUUAAGAGCAUCAAAACAAAGCGAAAAAUGUUGCACAGCCGAGCAUCACUAUUACUUCUGCUCGGGUCGCUGGCAAGCUCCGCGGCGGUCGCGAAAGCAAAAGCAUCCAGAAGGGAUGAAGAUAUUUUACACCACGACGCUCGCGACAACGCGGCAACUUUGUCCUCCGCUUCUUCCACUACAUCCCAACCAGAGACCUCCACAUCGCCAGUGCAGGACGCGGAAACACCACCAGCAGCAGAAGCCGUCGAUGGUGAAGCUGGGACCCGGGCCAGCACAUCCGACGUCGAAAUUCACGUCGAGCAGAUGCAUGAGAGCAACAUAGAAGAAAACGAAUGGCUUCUCAACAGUGGCAGCGACUAUGAAGUAGAUAACGAAAUUUCUGCACAUCAGGAGGUAAAGCGAGAACACGCUGCCACGAGUUGGGAGAGAGUCACCGCGAAAAAUCAGAGUGAAGAGGAGCAAAGUAGUGUUGAAAUGCUGCAAACAACUACCACCUCGACUUCUGAAGUCGUACCCUCAAGAAGUACAGAACCGAAUCACGAGGACGGCGAGGCACCAGACGCAGCCCCAGCACCUGUUGCAGAAAAGAAGAAUUUCCAAAUUGACCCGUCGCAAACUGAAUAUCACGUAUUAAUCCAUAGAGCUGAGUACCUAGCUACUGUUACCACAGCAAGCGUUCUUUUGACUACAAUAAGCCACGAGUUUCGUUUCUAGAAGUACUGUGACCCCCGCGCCCGACGUACUUAGUUUAGGACGAGUCGGAGCCCUGCUUUUCAACCCACAAUUUGCUUUCACUUCAGGUUUGCCGACUGUUUUGCGAGCGACCUGUUCAGUAUGCCUCUGUGGAGCGGUUUUGCGACGAAGUCGUGAACGGGGAGAUCGUCAACAUGAUGCCGAUGAAUGAACACGUGCACCUACUGAAGACGCUCCAGGAACUCGGCCUCGAUUUGCAGGAGCUGGGUCCGCAACUGCGUCGCAAGACACUGGGGCUUUUCUACGUCAGGCGAAGAUACCACGACCGAGAAACGGGCAAGGUACGCCAGAUGAAAGGCUGUUGCGUGAUCGCGGUCGUUCAUGUGUCUGUUUAUGGGGUUGCUUUCGUUUCAAGUUUGUUACCUCUAGAAAAUCAAAAAUACAAACCAACAACGAUUCAUCAUCAUGUUGGCAUUUUUAACAGGUGACUGAAGGGGACACUUUCGAGCUCGUUGAAUUUCACGAGCGCCCGAAAGGCUACAAGCGUGAGCGCCAGAACGAGACGGCGCUGAAACAGUUUUUGCGACCGUAUGUGGAGCAAAUCCGGGAAUUUCUCGCGGACCUGGGGGUAUUCCGGGGAAUGGAGCAGACCAGAAGCGCGAUCAAUGCGGCUUCCGCCUUUGCAAAAGCCAAAGCAGCCAAUUUUCUGGCUGCGAGCCACCUGGACGUGUACGCAAAGAGCGCAUACCACGAACUGGCAAGAGUGUUCCCAGUGGAUCAUAUUCUAGAUCUGGCAAAGACCUUCCGACGUGCUGGCGUUACGGAUGAGGCAACAAGCAGAAAUUAUGCAGAAAUUAAAGUAAAUGAAGAGGAAUUUGGUGCCAGUGGUGAAUUAGCAGCGGAAGUACAAUCGUCCUCUAGUGCGGCAGAACCCAGCAGCGCAAAAAGUGAUGAACAAGAAUCUUCGAUAUCUACAUCUACUCUGACGAGCGCCGGUCAGCUGCACCAAAAUGCAGAAGAAAAGGACUCCGAGUUGUCAACGACUCUAGAACCUUCGUCGUCCAUGUCCGAGACCGAAACUUUUCAAUCCGUUCUGUACGUCUUCAACGAUUACUCGGACGACGAGCGCGCAGAGACGGCGCAGGAAGCACAGCACCAAAAAAGCCAUGCUGCUUCUGAAGAGGACAAGGAGCACGAGCACCAGAGGAAAGAUAAAACGCAGCCGCGCCAGGAGCUGCCCUCUAUCUGUGCGGAGCAGUGCGUCGAUUAUCCGUUUUACCCGAAACACAAUCACAUCACGUUCGAGGAUAUCAAGUGCAAAAGUGUCUGGGUCUGGAUCUGGAAGGGUGUAACCUGUGAUGCGCAUUUCAGAACAAACAAAAAUCUCUCAUGCAUAGGUAGCAAAAGCUGCUCACUUUCUGUCACCAAAAUGGGGGACUUGUCAUGCGGGUUCGGUAUUGCGGAAGCUUCCGGAAACCUGUGAUGCUAGAGCUUCCAUGCCAGACCUUCUGUGUCAUGCAGAAACAGCAUGACUCUUCCAGACCCAGACAUUUUUGCAUUUGAUAGAGGACAGCGCCGCAAGCUUCGAAGAGUACACCGCGUCCCACUCGCUAAGCUCGGAUCGAGAGGCGAAUCUGGAGAAAAGAUUGCUCGCGAACGAGUUUUGCAAAGGCAGCUUUCUACGGACUUGGGAGGAACAGAUGUCGGAUCCCACGACGUACAUGAUGAUGUGGCUGCCAUUCUUCUUCGCGUGAAGGUGAUCAACUCAUUAUGGACUCACGACCGUACGCACUUGCGAACAAUAUCCUACGUUUUCAGAAAAGCAAACGAGAAAAGAUUCAAAAUUGUGUCACCCAUGGUCAAUGAAUAUCUUUCUUUGAAUGUGUUUCAUCACGAUGAAUGAAUCGGAU